AUGUCAAGCAGGUAUCACAAAGCAGCAGCCGACGGCAAUUUGGACCUCUUGAAAGAAGCCACUAGGAAAGACCUCAAUACUUCAGAUGAAGAUGGGAUGACGCCCACUCUUCUGGCAGCGUACCAUGGGUACCUAGAAGCUCUGGAAGUCAUAUGCCGGAGGGGAGGUGAUCCGGACAAAUGUGACAUCUGGGGGAACACUCCUCUCCACCACGCUGCUUGCAAUGGCCACAUCCACUGUGUUUCCUUUUUGAUCAACUUCGGCGCCAACAUCUUUGCUCUGGACAACGACCUCCGCACGCCCCUGGAGGCGGCUGCCAGCAGAGACCGCCACGAGUGUGUCAGAAUCCUGGACAAGGCUGCCACCGAGCAGAACAUGCUGAACCCAAAGAAGGUCUCCAAACUCAAAGCGCAGGCCCAGAGGAAUGUGGAGAAACAAAUCAAGGAAUGCGAGAAGCGCCAAGAGAAACACCAGCAUGAAAUGAACAGGAGUUAUAUGAAAGACAAUGCUGGCACAGUGAAUUCUUCCAAAGGGACACACUCCAGGGUGAAAUUGUCUAGUCUCUUUGCUUCAAAUACAACAACUUUCUCCAAAAAUCUGAAAGAUACCUUCAAACUGAAGCCAAAAAAGACAACUGACAGCACAAGAAGCCAGGAAACACAAAGCAGUGACCGAGAGGAUGGUUCAGGCAGGAGAACUGUGAUGAAUUUUUUCGAUGAGAAAGAGGAGGAUGAAUUACUGCACGACCUUGGAGAGGAAAAUUCUCCUGAUAAUGACAGCCAGCUCUCCAUUUUCAAGCGGCCAGGUCUUGGCAAGAUUGUGUUUGGAAGGAAUUUGGCUGCAGAUGUAAAUCCUGGAACUGAGUCACCUGAGAAAGAAGGUAUAAGCUUUAAAAUGUCCAGUGAGCUCUUCCAGUAUGAAAAUGCUGAGAAUAGCAGGGAAGAUGAUGUGGAAAAUGGUGCUGAUGUCCCUUGGCAUGAGGAAGAAGUCAGUUGGGAUGAUGAGGAAGCAGAGAACACGCCUCUUGAGGUAUUUCUGGCAUCACAGAUGCUGGAUGAGUUUCUUCCAGUCUUCAUGAGGGAAAAAAUUGAUUUGGAUGCCCUGAUGCUAUGUACUGAUGAAGAUCUACAGAGCAUUCAGAUGGAGCUUGGGCCAAGAAAGAAAGUCCUGAACGCCGUGAAUAAAAGAAAACAAGCAUUCAAGAACCCUGGAAAGACUGUAGAUACUUGCUUAUAA